CUCAGGCUUACCCAGGUGCGAAACGUAGGCAAUUUGCUGAACACGCACGCAAACUUCGUCACAUCGCUUGCAAUGCACCCAUACGUCACAUCAUCCACGCUAGUUCAGUCUACCUACUUUACCCUGCGUUGAGCGCAUCUGCGGCAACUCGCCCUCCGUCGUGCUAUCAGUCCUGAGCUCCCACCGCUACAAUGCCUCCCACUGCAGGCACACGAACCUCCACACGGCAGGGGCGCGCCACCGUCCGCCCUACAAACUACUAUGCGCGCAGCUUUGCGGGCCGUCUCGCGGCACACGGGAUGGAGCAGACGCCUGAAGCUUCCAACAGCGCGCCCGGCUUCUUCCCCACCCUCACACACUUCACAGGUGCUGUCGAUGCCUUCCCCAAAGAGGUCAUCAAGCACUUCUCCAUGUUCAAGGAGGUAGAAGCCAAGCUCCAUGACCCUGAACUUCUGCUGGAGGAGCUGCUCAACGAGAUCGCUCGGCAACCCGUCACCACGAACGCUCAGCAGCGCACAAUCGAACUGAACGUGGAUGACGCAGUACAGAACGCAAAUCAGCCUCCACCCAACUUCGACAGCCUCUCCCCAGAAGAGCAGGCCGUGAUCAGGAAGCGCCAACUUUUCCUACGCUUGCGUAUGCUCAUUCACAACAUCCUCCCUACGUUAGACGAGAAGCUCGUCGUGCUGCAAGGCGCGAAAGCUACUAAAGACAAAGGUCUUACGCGCAUGACGCACUCGUACUCGCAGCUUGAUACCGAAAUCAGCGAGGAGGCUCGUUACGGCAGUCUCACACACUGGGCAUACGCGGACAAGGAAGAAAAGAAGAAGGGUGCGCCGAAUCAUGAGCGGCAGAGGCGGGAAGUUGCUGCCGCAAACAAUCUGGCCGCAGCUGCCCAGCAUGUGCACGAUGUGGAUUCGAUCGCUGCGAAGAGCGAGGCUCGUCGCGAGGCGAUGCUAGCUAAGCGCAGCCGCCAGCAGCAGGCCGACUCAGAUUUCGAUGACAGGCCGGCGGCGAAGAAACCACAGAAGAGGAAAGCUCACGCACCUGAGACAUCAGCAGCAGAUCACCGUAACGUUGGGCUGGGCAUAUCGAACAACGCUGCUGGACAACAGAAGAGGAAGAAGACAGAGAAAGCUCUGGCAACAGCUGCACCAACGGCUGCACCCAUGGAACGAUCAAUGAGUGGUGCUUUGAAAGCUGCCGGCAACAACGCACGAGCUGGCUCCAGCCCUCGAGCAACUCCCAGCAUUGAGAACGGUGCUCCUGCCAAACGAAAGCCACGCGCAGCUCCCGUGCCAGCCCCGCGCAAGAACCAGCUGCCAACUUACUCUCCUCCACCCGCCUCCUCGCCGCUUGCCGCGAACUUCGCCAUCAACAAAGCUACUGCUGGCGCUGCAGAUCGUCCACUGUCUUCGAGAGUAAGGAAGAAUUCCACCGCAAACUCUGUUGCGUCCGCCAGUGUGCCUGAACCCACACCCGUCCGUCGACCGUCAACCUCACACUCUGUGCAGCAGGCCCUAAGCAGCAAUACAAUUACUGAGCUCGAACAAGCUGCGGGUAUUGUGCGCGACCAUGACUUUGUUAAGGGUGCAUCAACUCUACAAGAGACAACAGAAGGCCCCACGUCUUCGCUUCCAACUGCCCUCAAGCAGGAAGAUCAAGAACACAUACAAGAGGAACCGGAGAGCAUGGACAUCGACACACCAGCGGUAAUGUCAUCUGCGGCUAGAGCUGCUCGAGUCUCUAAGCCUGGCACGCCUAUUGUAGGAACAUUCCCUGAGAUCCCCAUGGCACGCAGUCGCAGCACUCGCAAUGUGCAGAACGGCAAUUCCAACUCGAAUGGCUCUUCGGAGAACAACAGCACAACAACGGGGACGGUAUCGAAACGAGGCAACAAGAAGAGCGGAGCAACCACAACAUCAGCAGCCGAUUCGCCCGCACUCAAACCCACACCGACCGCGAAAUCGAAUCCUCCUUCCUCCGCGGCUAGCUCCGUCGUCCCCGAACAAGAAUACCAAGAUGCAGAGACAGAUGAGGGCGAUGAUGAGCCGCGGUAUUGCUAUUGCAAUGAGGUGUCGUAUGGGCAGAUGGUUGCCUGUGACAACGACGCAUGCCCCCGCGAAUGGUUCCAUCUUCCCUGCGUGCAACUCGAGAAAGCGCCCGUUGGCAGAACCAAAUGGUUCUGCAGUGACGAGUGCCAGGAGCAGCACGUAAAGUCCAAGGCGAAGGGGAAACGUCCGGGUAGUAGUAGACAAUAGGAAUUCGGAAGGAGUUCAAGGCGUUCUGGGACGGGUCCACCGGCGAGUGGGUCUAGGCCAGGUCCGAAGGGAAAGGGCAAGGCUAAGCUAAAGGAUAUUUGGGUUGGAUGGAAUGCUCUUUGAAGCUCCCAAUCUGCUUUUUCUGGGAUUUGUGGGUUUUGCGGCGUUCAGGUCCGGGUUACUUCGACUCCACUCAUGAUUAUGACGCCUGGAACCGACUCCUUUGGAACAGGCAUGGGAAGGUAUUCGGUCUGGGGCGUUCGUUCGGCUUGACCUUUUGCAUCGACUCGCAGUUGGGCAUCUCCGCGCCUUUCUUGUGUAUACGGUUACAUGCACCGCCUUAUCUUUCAGGCAAUGGGUAGCAUUCGGUUUUUUGUCUGUCUUGUAUCUCUCAAUACCUACAAAGAGUACAUGCAUAGCGAUAGCAAAGCGUCACGGCCGCCAGCAUUCAAGACAUAGAUGCUCAGUAUAGUCAAUGAUCACGCGUCA